UAUUAUAAAACGAGGGAACAGGGGAGAGGAGAACCGCGAACCCUGAGAACAGUGAUUUAACGUUCGAGUGACCAACACCGGCGUCUCAUCCUGAUCUCGUCCAGUCUGUUGAAGCUUUGGUAGUGCAUUUCGCCUAUACAACCAUGACUUCUACAAUAGGUGUGUCGUCCAUUUACCAGACGCCGUCAUCUGAACUUUGCGUAAGAAACUCUUAUUUUCCUUCUCUACCCGUCUCCGUGAAGCUUCACCUGUUUGAAGGUUUAAGGGUUUCCAACAAGGGCUUCGCUGUUGCAUCUUGUUCCCUGAAAAGGCUGAGGGAUUCAAGGCGUGUUCCCCUGUUCAUUCCUUAUGCAAUUGCCACCCCGAACUCGGUCUUGAGUGGACAGGAUUUUAAAGGUUUUGGCAGCUUCUCUCAAUCCCAGAAGACUCUGGAAGUGAAAGAUGAGAAAGACGAUUAUCAACCUGAAACACGUUUGGUUGGGGGCGAGCAAGGAGGAGAAGACGAACAUUCCGUCGCCGAUUUGGGUCUACCAACACAGCUGGUCGAGUCCCUUGAGAAACGAGGGAUUACACAUCUCUUUCCCAUCCAACGAGCUGUAUUACUCCCAGCGUUGGAAGGCCGAGAUAUUAUUGCACGUGCAAAGACUGGAACAGGGAAGACACUGGCUUUUGGAAUCCCGAUAAUCAAAUGUCUUACCGUGGAUGAAGAAGUGCUAAAUCUAUCAAGGCGAUUUGGUUGUCUUCCAAGGGUUCUGGUCCUAGCACCAACUAGGGAGUUAGCAAAGCAAGUUGAAAAGGAGAUCAAAGAGUCGGCACCCUACUUAAGCACUGUUUGUGUUUAUGGGGGAGUUUCUUACAAUACCCAGCAAAAUGCACUUUCUCGUGGAGUUGAUGUUGUGGUGGGAACUCCAGGGCGCAUUAUUGAUCUGAUCAGUAAUAACAGUCUUAAGCUUGCUGAAGUUCAAUAUUUGGUCCUUGAUGAAGCCGACCAGAUGCUUGCUGUUGGGUUUGAGGAAGAUGUUGAAGUGAUAUUAGAGAAGCUUCCAUCUGAGAGACAAAGCAUGCUUUUCUCUGCAACAAUGCCUGGUUGGGUAAAGAAAUUGGCAAGGAAAUACUUGGAUAAUCCUUUGACAAUUGAUUUGGUUGGUGAUCAAGAUGAAAAGCUCGCAGAAGGAAUAAAGCUUUAUGCCAUACCAACAACUGCAACUUCAAAACGGACAAUUCUUAGUGACCUGAUUAUGGUCUAUGCAAAGGGUGGCAAGACCAUUGUUUUUACACGGACGAAACGGGAUGCUGAUGAAGUGUCAAUGACCUUAACUAACAAUAUUGUUUCUGAGGCACUACAUGGUGAUAUAUCUCAACAUCAGAGAGAGAGAACACUAAAUGGUUUUCGGCAGGGAAAAUUCACUGUCCUCGUUGCCACAGAUGUGGCAGCUCGUGGGCUUGACAUCCCUAAUGUUGAUUUGGUUAUUCACUAUGAGCUUCCCAGUGAUCCAGAAACUUUUGUUCAUCGCUCUGGUCGAACAGGGCGUGCUGGAAAGGAAGGUAAUGCUAUUCUGAUGUUUACUAGUAGCCAGAGGAGAGCUGUCAAAUCCCUUGAACGGGACGUGGGCUGCAGUUUUGAGUUUAUCAGUCCGCCAGCAAUUGAAGAAGUUUUAGAGUGUUCUGCUGAGCAAGUUGUAGCUACUCUCAGUGAGGUUCAUCGAGAAUCUAUAGGUUUCUUCAUCCCAACUGCAGAAAAAUUGAUAGAAGAACAAGGACCAGGUGCCCUUGCGGCAGCACUGGCACAAUUGAGUGGUUUUUCCCAACCCAGUUCGUCUAGGUAUCUUAUAACUCAUGAGCAGUUACCUGGGUUCGAAGAUGAUGGCCGGCCUAGCAAUAAUAAUGGUAGGUUUUCUAACAGAGGACGUGGCAGAGGAGGUCCAAGAGAAAGGGGAGGAUUUAGAGGUUCCCGUGGUUUAGGUGCUCAGGAUUCUGAUGUCUUCCAGCGCAAGGGCAGGAACUACAGAACUGACAACAGUUGGUCUCAGAACUCAGGAAAGAAUGACGAUGAUUGGCUAAUCAGUAGUAGGCGAUCGAAUCGCUCAUCAUCUUUUGGGAGUAGAGAAAGAAGCUUUGGAGGGGCAUGUUUCAACUGUGGACAAUCUGGGCAUAGGGCAUCAGAAUGCUCGGAUAGACAAACCUACUAGUCUUUUCUGUUGGUUCGUCGGUUCCCUCAACAGUUGUACAACCAACCACCAGCUGCAAUGUUGUGGUUUAACAUGCUGUAUCAUGUGGCAAUUAUAACUAUCCAGUUGCUGGACGUUCAACAGCCCCCACCGAUUGAGAGAUGGAACUUCAAGGAGUCAAAUUCCUGUGGGUUUUCUAGUCUUGUUGAAGAUUCCUGUACGUAGAGCUUCGCCGCGCUGGUUAUAGAGUUAUUUGGCUUCUCAUUUUGUGAAUUAUAAUGAGAAGAGCGGAAGAAAAAAAAUUGCCUCCCAACUCAUAUUUGUUAAGCAAUAUGUCCCUAUCAAAUUCACUUUGUACCACGAACAUGUGCUCGAGCUAUAAAUGCUCAGCUGCUUUGAACUGAAAAGGCACUUUGAACAUCUUCACUGUUUUUUAUUCUGUAUUCGGUUGCAUUCCAGGGAAGAUUGUGGAAAGGGAAAACUGCAGGUAGAGCGAGUUCCCUUUGUUGCUAGGCUUCAUUUGAAUGGACAAUGGAAAAGUGAGGAAGGGAUUUCCAGACAA